CCGAUCCGGCACGCGGACACGGGAUGCAGCGCGAGGACGGCUCAGGAUUGCGCUUCAUCAUCACCACCUCUGAAUUUGGGCACGCUUCUUCAUACCGCGGAAAGUUUCAGGACUAUCCUGUCGGACAUUGAAUGAUAUUGGAUUUCACUCGCAGCAUCCAAGUGAUUUGUAGCGCUGUGGAUCCACUUACCUGUGGAAAAAAAAAACACACACAAGAGAAAAAGGAGUCUCGCGUGACAUAAGAUCUCUUUUGAAGGCAGAGAUUGUUUGAGGACUUAUUUUUGCUUUAAUCGGGUGGGGGAAUUGUGUUGCCUGGUUUGAAGACACGGGUGAUUCUCACUGCACAUACUAUAUUGGAGGAGAUCGCGGUGUUGCAUCCUGUGCCAGAGGAUAAAUGGCGGUGUCACACGGAAUAAACCUGUUCUGCUUUAAAUGGAGAACCGCUUGGAGAGGAUAAAUCGAGUGCAAAGUUGUGCGGCUUUCUGCUGAGGGGGGUUCUCAAGAAUAAACUAGGCACGGGAGUUCGUCGCGCGCGCAAUGGGGCCAUUCCAGCGCGCGGGACUCACCGCGCUGCUCCUGUGCACAGUGGUGGACUGCAAGGUGAUCCUGGAGGGCCUUCAGAGGUUAGGCCCAACUCCGAUCUAUCUGCCUGUCAGCUACAGGAUCCUCAAUGCCGAGUCAGCAUUCUUCCUACAGGAGGCCAAUCAGGACAUUAUGAGGAACUCCAGCCUGCAGGCUCGUACAGAGUCCUUCUUCAUCCACCAGGCCAGGCAAAUGCCCUUUGUCAACGCCAGCUACGGGCCGCUGUCCAUCCAGCAGCCCGUCCCUCUGGAGCUGCUGCAGACGCUGCCAGGGCCGUUCAACACGCAGUCCUUCUCUUCAUCAUCAGAGUCAACAUCAGCGCCAUCAUCAUCAUCAUCACCACCUCUUUUUACCUUCAACUGGAAGGUCCACACCUAUAUUAUCAGUGAGAGGAUUUAUCCCAGUUGGCCAAAGGUUCAGGUGUUGUUCUACAUCGCAGGGAGGGACUGGGAUGAUUAUAGCGCCAUCCACAAGCUGCCCUGCGUCAGGAUGUUUGCCUUCCACGAGACUCAAGAAGUGCGCGGAACAUGUAGACUUAAAGGUGAGUUAGGGAUAUGUGUAGCUGAGCUGGAGCCCCUGGCCAGCUGGUUCAGCCCGCCCACCAUCAGGCCUGGCAGGCAGAGGGUCUCGGAGCAGGCCCAGGGCACUCCUGUGGAGCUCUACUACAUGGUUCAAACCACAGACAGCGGAGACUGCAGCUCAGAGGAUUCCAGGAAAGGCAGCCCGGUACACACAGACCAGCCUAGGCCGAUGGGAUAUUUUGCAGGGCACACACCGAUGCAGCGCAUUGGGAGUGUCCGACUGUUUCAGCCAAUGUCUGAGCUGAAGCUGGACAAUAACUUUAUGGUGAUGGCACCAUCCAAACCCAUCCGGCAGAGAGAAACACUUUCCACUUUUCUGGCUCUGUCCACACUUUCUACAGUGCAAAUUUUCACCCUCAGGGUCAAGCUGAAGGACGGCGUGGCUUUCCUUGGAGCCAGAGCGAGUAACCCUGUAGUGUGGACUGUUAGCCAGGAUAUCAGAAGUGAAGGUCACAGGGUGGUUACACUCCACUGUCGGAGGAAGGAGAACAGUUUCAGUCAAAGAGCGGAGGCAGCAGGAUACCAGCGAGUGCUGCAGGUGGACCUGGAGGUGAAUGGGCUGAUGAUGAAUCAGGGGGGACGGGAAGUGACGUGGCAGGUGGAGUAUCCGCUGACCCGGUCCGUGACCAGUGAGGUGCCGAUACUCAUCCGCCUGGCACCGCAGGACCUGGGUGGCAUCGUGCCAUUAGCCAUGGACACAGAGAUCCUCAACACGGCCGUCCUCACUGGGCGAACUGUCGCUGUUCCAGUUAAAGUGGUCACGGUGGGAACAGAUGGAGCGGUCUCUGAUGUAACCGAGUCGGUGGAGUGCAGGUCAACAGAUGAACAGGUUAUCAAGGUGUCCGAGCGAUGCGACUACGUUUACGUCAACGGGAAGGAGUCGCGAGGAAAGAGCCGAGUGAUGCUCAACUUUACCUACAGUUUUCUGAGCGCUCAGCUGGAGAUGAGUGUUUGGAUGCCUCGCCUGCCCCUGGUCAUCGACAUAGCCGACCCUGAGCUCAGCCAGAUAAAGGGCUGGAGAGUCCCUGUUAAUGUGGGCACCAGAAGGUAUGAGCGGGUCACUGAUGACAAAGAUGGAGAAGAUGCAGCAGAGGCGAGGAUGGACAACAGCUGUGUGGCUCAGUAUCAGAGCACCACCUUGCGCGUCCUCACACACUUUGUGGUGGAUACCGGAGAAGUUAGAGGAGCAGCGGAGGAGGACGGGCUGGGCCAGCAGAACUUCCUGCUGGGUAGUGACUGGCAGGUGGAGGUGACACAACUGGUCAAGGAUUCUCUGAGGGUGGCCGACCCGAAGGUCGCACAACUGCUGGAUGGUCAAGUCGUGAUCGGAGUGAGCGCUGGAAGCACCAAACUACAGGUGGUGUCCCCUCUUACAUCUUCAAUCCUGGCUGAGAGGAGCAUCAGGGUGCUGGAGGACAAAGUGAGUGUGACAGAGCUCGGGGUGCAGUUGGUGUCUGGACUUUCUCUGUCUCUGCAACUCAGCCCAGGGAGCAACAAGGCCAUCGUUGCCACUGCAACCACACAAGAAGUCAUUCAAUCACUCACACAGGAGUCCCUCAUCAGUGCUUGGCUCCAGUUCAGUGAUGGCUCUAUGACUCCACUAGACAACUACAACCCCGCCCAUUUUACCCUCACAGCCACCUCUUUGGAUGAAAAGGUGGUGGUAGUGCAGCGUAGUGCAAUGUGGAAGUGGCCUACCGUUGUUGCCAAAGGCAAAGGUCAGGGCUUGCUUCUGCGUGUUGAAAUGAGUCAAUCAGAGGUGUGCCAAAAGGGAAAACGACAAACUAUUUUAGCCACUGGAAAGGCAAACAUACAGGUAAGGUUUGGUCAGAUGGAGGACAAAUACAGACAGCCAGCAGACCGGCGAACACGUCCUGAUCCUCCAUAUUAUGGUGGAUCUAUCUCCGACAUGGAGACAGGAAUAUUAAACCGUGGAGCCACCACCAUAAGGGGUCAUGUUCCUGUGAGACCCAAUGGGGGCCGCCAAACGGUGGACAGUGGGGCAAGAGCCCCAAGUGAAUUCUCUGAAUACCCAGACCAGGCAGAUCUGCCUCGUAGCCACAGCACUGAUGAGGACUUCUCACCAUCCAGACGAGGCCUGACGGACUUGGAGAUUGGUAUGUACGCCCUGCUGGGAGUCUUCUGCCUGGCCAUCCUGGUUUUUCUCAUUAACUGUAUCUCUUAUGCAUACAAGUACCGCAGCAAGCACAUAUCCUUGGAGGCCCCGGAGGCAAUGCCCCAUGCCCACGACUGGGUUUGGCUGGGUCAAGAGGAGGGUCUUUGCCUGCAGCAACAGCAGGAUGAGCUGGGCGGUACCUUGGAGGAAGGUAGUCAACUGUUAAAUGGAGGCAUACAGCGUGGUAAUACUGGUGUUGGUGGCUGUAGUGGGAGGGAUCACCGGAAUGAGUCACUAAACUCACCAACCACCAAGAGAAAGAGGGUGAAGUUCACCACCUUUUCCAACGUCAAGUCCAGUAACGGAUGUCCUGUGCUCAGCCCAUUAGCACUAGUGCAGACCAGUGAGAUAAAAUGGGUAUGUCCGGACAUUGAGCUUGGGGACUCAAAGGAUCUGAGGAACUACAUGGAAAAGCUUAACGAGAAUGCAAUUAAGAACAUCGCAUAGGGGGUACUUCGGGUUUUCAAUGGACUAAAGAGACACUCACCUGAAUGCCUUCAGAAUAAGGAGGGAAUGAGGGUUGGAGGUAGGAAAGGACAAAAAUGGAGGAGGUGCAUAAAGCAGACUGAGGCCUGUUAAACUGACCCUUAUCAUUACAACUGAAAAUUGAGUUCAUCCUCUGCUGUUUCCACCACUCAGAAAGGAUAGAGCAAUGGACCACAACAUGACAUGACACCACAGCAAAGUUAUAAAGAGGAGAAAAGUACACUUGAUAUUGUUUAUUGAAUUAAAUGUAUGUUGUUUGUCUUUUAUUGAGGUUGAGUUUUCUUUUCUAUGCGCCCUGUAGUUUAUUUGAAGUUUCCAAUUUCUUUUUUUAAAUCAUCACUUUUUAACGUUUUAUUUGUUGUACUUUUCUGUGUUUUGUUGACUUUUCAAGAGAUGGUGUGUAUAACAUUGUCAGCAAAUUUAGAUUCUAUGAGAGAUGGGUUUAAAGCAAUUUUGUAUUGUAUAUAACUACAGAGUUUGAUUUGGAGGUUUUGUAUGUGCAGUACAAUUUUGUAAAGUGAUGUUUGGUUUAGUUCUUGGUUUGGUUUGUUGUUUAGUUUUUUCGUUUUGUCUCCAAAAACCAGAUCCAUGCAUGACGACAUGAAAGAGGACGCACAUGUGUGAUCUUACUUGAAAUUACUUGAAAUGAAAGUGUGUAGAUAUCCAAACCAACAUCACUGGAGACAUGUUGGUUUCAUAUUUUUGCAUUCAAUCAUCAUGGAGUUCAUUUUUUUUAGCCUGUUUUGGUAUAUUUCAGUAUUGAUUAAAAGUGUUUUUUUAGUCCAUACACAACCCCUCCUCAUACCUAACCCAUUUUAUUUAUGUAAUUAUUUAAGUAACCCCCUUUUGGUUUUGAUUCAGUUGCAGAAUUCACUUGAGGUUAACUAUUUAAAGUGCUGCUGUGGCCUGAUGUAACGGUUAAAAAAUACAUCCUUUUCAAAAGAAAACACUAAUUACUGUCAAGAAAAUAAUAGACAAUCACGAUAAUUGCCCAAUGUAUGGAUCACUCUCUUCAGUUAUAAUAUUCCAUUUACAUGAAUCAAGUUUGAAAUAUUUUGAAUUAGAUGGCGAUUAGAUGGCACAUAUUAUUUAUAUAAAAACCAUAUGUGACGUUUUGCAUCCAAGAGAGUCAUGAGAGUGAGAUAACAAACAAUCACAAACUGUGGAAGCUCUGAAUUCAUCCCACGUUUAGUCAAUAUGUCAGUAUUAGUUAAAUCCAUCAUUUUUAAAAUUGGCUGCUGGGCUAAUUAAAACUGAAAGUGACUCUUCUCUAUCAUGUGGCUGUGUGAUUCAUUGGGCUGAAUGUUCUGUUCUUGUCUUGGUUUUUAUUGUUUUGAUUAUCUGACUGGUUUGUGUGACUAUACAAAGACAGCGGCCUAAUCAAAUAUGUGGCCAUAUCAAAAUGAAGUGCCUGUUGUUGUUGACAGUUGGGGAAGCUGCCAGCUGAAGCCAGAGAGAAGAACAA